GCAUUUUCUACAGCUCAGCUCCAGGAUAAGCUACCUCAGCAAAGAUGAGUGCAGCAGCCCGAGUCGCUCAGACAGCGCAAGCCGUACGCGCGUUUCGAAAACCUCCAAAAAUUCGCAAAGCCCUCAAGCGCGACGAGAACGGUCUUCCAAUACCUCACGUCAAUGUUCUUGUCCGCGAUACACACCAAUGUCGACUUGCAGAUCACUAUCACACUACCCUCCAGGAUGACCUAAUGUACAUGACUUAUUUCCAUGAGUCUGGUCCACGUCCACCACCGCGUCAAAUCCGUCUGACUUACGACCCCAAUGACCCCUACACAAAAAACCGUCACAAUCCUCCCGUCGGUGGCUCCCAGCUAGGAAAGAAGCCGGCGCCUCCAACGACAUCCGAGAACGUGGUCCAGUUGGAGAAGAUAUCCAUUCAUAGUAUGGUGAAGGAGUCUAUCACCAACAGAAGCAGUCUGCUCGGCGCUCUUGCUGCGUUCAAGGCUCUCUCGGGAGAGACGCAAUUUGGUGGAGGUCGGCACACGAGCGAGGGUGUUCAGAUUGUGAAGGGCAUAAAGACGGUUGGUGGUUGGAUUCGGCCGGGUAUCCCUCUCGGUGUCAAAGUAGAGCUCAAAGGCCCAAAGAUGUACGACUUCUUGGGUACUUUGGUGGAGUUCGUCUUUCCGCGGUUACGGGAGUUCUCCGGGAUUGUCAUGCCUCCUGCAUCCUCAACUAUGAAUUCUCCUAGUGCUGUCUCUGGUGUGGUCUCUUUUGGAUUGCCGCCAGAGGCAAUGGGUCUUUUCCCCCAAAUAGAGGUCAACUUGGAUUCGUACCCGAAGUCAUACGGCAUGCACAUACAUUUUGUCACCAAUGCAGAGGGCAUUGGUGCUCAAAACCGGGCCAGAGCUCUGCUAUCAGGGUUCCAGGUUCCGUUCACGCGGAAGUAGACCAGAUGUCUGUUUACUCUACUUGUCAUCAUCAACUACUGCUCACACGUAUCUUUCAGAUUAUAUAUUGGUUAUGAUAAUAUUUU